UGGGGUUUUGACGUCGUUACGCGCGGACCGAUUCCAUUUGAUUCGUGCGAGAUCGGCGGCCAAUAACAGUUUUAUUUUUUACAGUUUCCAGUGCAAAAGCAAAUUUGUAAGAGUCUAAACAAGCAAACACAUUAAUCAGGAAGUGCAGCAUUAACUUGCAGCAUUUGCAUUAACAUCAGGAAAUUAACAGCUGUAGAUUAUAACAGAACAGACAACAUGAUGUCGAAGCGAAUAUUGGCUCACACAACACGCAAGCUGAUCCGAACCAGCUCCACAUUGCACUCGAAGGCGGCGCCGGCGGUCAUGUCGCAGCAACAGCUCGAGAUGCCCGAAUGUGAGCAUCGUCCGGCGGCGUACAAUGGGCCCAGCUACGAGCAAAUUCUGAAAACGCGCAAGGCCCAUCUGACGCCCAAUUUGGUGGCGCACUUCAAGAAGCCACUGGUCAUCCACGCCGGCCACAUGCAGUGGCUGUACGAUCACGAGGGCCGUCGCUACCUGGACAUGUUUGGCGGCAUUGUUACCGUCUCCGUGGGCCACUGUCAUCCCAAAGUUAAUCAGGCGCUGAGUGAACAAAUCUCCAAGCUGUGGCACACGACCAACAUUUAUAUGCAUCCCAAGAUUCAUGAGUAUGCUGAGCGUUUGGCAGCCAAGUUUCCGGGCAAUCUCAAGGCCGUGUGCUUUGUCAACUCGGGCUCGGAGGCCAAUGAUCUGGCCAUGCUAAUGGCACGUCUUCAUACCGGCAACCAGGAUAUAUUGACCUUCCGGAAUGCCUAUCACGGCAUGUCGCCCUACACAAUGGGUCUGACGGCACACUCCACGUGGCGCUAUCCGCUGCCGGGUGUGAACAAUGGCAUCCUGCAUGUCAUGAAUCCAGAUCCGUAUCAGGGCAUCUGGGGCGGCUCGGCUUGCCGGGAUUCGCCCGUGCAGACAACGCGCAGCUGCAGUUGCGCGCCCGACAAUUGCCAGGCGGGCACGAAUUACUACAAUGAGCUGGAGCAGACGUUCAAGUACUCGCUGCCCCGUGGCAAGGUGGCCGCCAUGUUCGCCGAGUCCAUUCAGGGCGUCGGCGGCACAGUGCAGUUCCCUAAGGGUUACCUGAAGCGAGCGGCAGCGCUGGUUCGUGCCAAUGGCGGACUCUUUGUGGCUGACGAGGUGCAAACAGGCUUUGGCCGCACGGGCGACCAUUUCUGGGGUUUCGAGGCGCACGACUACACACCGGACAUUGUCACCAUGGCCAAGGGCAUUGGCAACGGCUUCCCGCUGGCUGCAGUCGUCACCACGCCGGAGAUCGCCGCCUCGCUGGGCAUGGCGCUGCACUUCAAUACCUAUGGCGGUAAUCCUAUGGCCAGCGCCGUGGGCAUGGCCGUGCUAGACGUCAUCGAGGAGGAGAAGCUGCAGAUCAACUCCCUGGAGGUGGGCACCUAUUUCCUCAAGUGCUUGGAGGAACUCCAACAGCGAUUCGAACUGAUCGGCGAUGUGCGCGGAAAGGGACUGAUGAUUGGCGUCGAGCUGGUCAACGAUCGGGAGACGCGUGCGCCCCUGGCUGCGCCCCAUGUGCUGGACAUCUGGGAGACGUGCAAGGAUAUGGGUGUGCUCUUCGGUCGCGGUGGUCUCCAUGGCAAUGUGCUGCGCUUAAAGCCGCCGAUGUGCAUUAACCGCACCGAUGUCAGGUUCGCCGUGGAUGUUCUCGGCCGAGCCAUAGCGGAUACAUUGGCCAAGCAGAAAUAGAUAUCGAAAUUCAGAUUGAAAUCGGCAAUUAACUAGAGGAAGAGACUUUGCCAUUUGAGAAUGCAUUUAUAGAAUAGCUUAAUUCAUUUACGUAAUAAAGAACAAAUUGAAGACUUGUACCGUAAAUAUCUUAAAACUAGUUCAUUUUUCCAAUAUAUUUAACUCGACUUCGUCUAUUUGGAAUGCGUGUUAGAAUAUCGUUAACAUAUCAUAUAAGUUAAAUAUGCACAGCAUUUUUAAACACCAUGAUCUAAUUCGUAAACACUUUGGGUUUAUUUUCCUAACUCAUGCUCAUACGCAAGUUUCCUAACUUCAAGUAUGUAUAAUCCUAUAAUUAUAUUCCAAUUUUUGUUUAAUUAAUUGCCUAACAAUUGACUUUACUUUAUUUAUUUAGGUGCUCAGCUUUAGGCCGCCCCUGUGCCUCAGUUACGAGGAUGUGGAAUUCACUUUGCAUAUUUUAGAAACAGUUUUCGUGGAG